AUGGUGUUGUUAUCGUCAUCAGAAGCAACAUCCGCACAGCUUCCUGAACACAUGGUGGAAGCUGUUUUGGUGAAACUACCGGUUCGAACUUUGCUCCGUCUCAAGCUCCUGUCCAGGAGCUUCAAGGCUCUCAUCGAAAACCCUAGAUUCGUAACCGCUCAUAUAAACUCAUCGUCGCAUGUUCACCGCCCUAUCGCCCUCCUCACUGGAAACUACAGCACAGAUGACACAAUACUCAUUGGCAAGAUGCUGACAUUGAGCAGGCAACACGAUGUUCAAGAUUGGAUUCAUCGCAAGGAAGAACAACUGCCGACAUUUGCAUCCGAUGAAGAUGAUGAUGAAGGCGACAUGUUCCAUUACGUAGAACUCUUGGGCUCUCACAACGGUUUGAUCUGCCUUCGUCUUCAUUAUGACCACCACAGGAAGAAUAAGUUGGUGUUGUGGAACCCUGCAACUAAGCAAUACCGAACCCUCCCGCCCCCUCCCUCAGCAUCACCAUCACUCGACUACUCAUCGAAAUUUCGUAGGGUGGUUGAGUUAGGGUUUGCAUACAAUCACGCAACGAACGACUACAUGGUGUCUCAAAUCGCCAGCCUCGUGGACGAUGAUUGGCCCCAUCAUCUGUCUUAUCAACUCGAGAUUUUCAGCAUGAAACGUUGGGGAUGGCGAACACACACAUAUCGACGUGAAUUAGCCAGUAACAUACCGAAAGGAAGCAUGUCAAGUCAAGGCCUGCACAACCCAGUGGCGUUGAGAGGAUCGAUUUACCAAGUGGUCUCGCUGCGUGUCGCGAGAGCCGAAGCUUGUUGCUGGUUCGUUCUUGCGGUGGACUUCACCGAUACGCUCAGUAGUAACGAUAUCGUGUUUAGAAGAAUUGAGCUUCCACCACUCCAUGAGGAUGGUUGGGUGUCUAGCCUUGUAGUGUAUGGCGAAGGAGACGAUCAGCUGGGGUUGUUUAGUAACAUUGACGGCGAAGAGGACGAGUUACCGUGUUUCAAAUGCAACGUAUGGGUACUCAGCAACGAUUCCGUGUGGACUAAAUCGUUCACCAUAUCGAUCGUGUAUCCUGCUUCGGUUGUUGAACCUGUGGCAAGUUGGUGUGAUGGCAAGAUUAUAGUUAGAAGAACUACGGAAAGGAAAGAAGAAGAAGAGGAGGAAGAAGAUGGCGAAAUAGGAAGUCACGCCACUGGUAACACCCUCUUCAUAUAUGAUCAUCACUCCAUUACCAAAGGUGGUGAUCCUAUGAGUGAUGAGUUGGUUGGGAUUAGUGACUUCAUUUCUGAUGUUUGUGCUUACGUGGAGAGUUUAGUUUCUCUUCACCCUAGCUAG